AUCCGUCUGCUUCGACUGUGAUUCGUUUCGUGUGACCGUGGCGUGACAGAAAAAAAGAGGAAAAGUUAUAUUUUCCUCUUCGUAGCAGUAAAACCCAACCAGUACGAUUCUACCUUCCGGUAUUGUGAUUCAUUGUCGGUGUAAGCUUCAUAUUGAUAGAAAAGAAAUUCUACGAGUCGUGUCCGCUUGUCAGUGUGUGCGUGCGCGAAAAUAUGUGAAGCUGCGAUGUGAAGUGUGCCAACCAGAAAGGACAAAACUCUGGCAACCGAUUCCCCAUACACAUAUUGUAAAAAUUGCGCACACGUCAAAAGCGCAAAACGAACGACAAACGAAAAGUCAGUCCAUCGAAAGACAGCAAAAGUGAAGGCACUCGCCGCCGCACCGUAACAGCGCCACACAGUCACAGUGCCAGGAGAGCCUAGCAACGAAGCAGAAGUGUCUAGUGGUUAUACGUCGUCGUGGGAGUGCGAGUGUGUGAAGAAGAAAAAAAUGUCUUGAAAAAUGAAAAUCACUUUUAACUUGCGCCGAUUAGGAAAUGUAAUGCCGAUUCAGGCGCCCCAAUGGACAGAAUUCCUCAGCUGUCCAGUUUGCUGCAACGAAUUUGCAGCAAAUCUGCGUCCACCGAUCAGUCUAGGAUGUGGCCACACCAUAUGCCGUACUUGCUUGGCGACGCUGCACAGGAAGCAGUGUCCAUUCGACCAGACAAUUAUUUCGACAGACCUAGAUAAUCUACCGGUAAACAAUGCUCUUCUACAGUUGGUCAGCACCAGCAACACCGCUGGGAGCAGCCCGGGAAGCGGCAACGGCACCAACAACACCUCGCCUGGGUCAUCUUCAGGGGGUACUGGUACUCCCGGUGGUUCAGCCAUCGAUCCAGACCUUAGCUCACCUAGCGUUCAAAAUUUGAGUCCGGAGGAUUUGCAGUGCUACAAGACCGCACGAGGGUGUAUCGAAGAGCUUGCCCUCUACCUGAAGCCAUACCCGAAUGGUAACGCCGGUGGACUUCUUUCGCGUCCAAUGCAGCGCAAAUUGGUCACCCUGGUCAAUUGUCAGUUGAUUGAGGAUGAAGGGCGUGCGCGAUCGUUGCGUGCCGCUCGCUCGUUAGGCGAACGAACGGUUACCGAGCUGAUACUGCAACAUCAAAAUCCACAACAGCUGAGUACCAACCUUUGGGCUGCGGUGAGAGCCCGGGGAUGUCAAUUUCUCGGGCCGGCUAUGCAGGAGGAAGUGCUAAAAUUGGUUCUUUUAGCACUGGAGGAUGGGUCGGCACUUUCGCGGAAAGUACUGGUGAUGUUCGUAGUGCAACGAUUGGAACCACAUUUCCCCCAAGCCUCGAAGACCAGCAUCGGUCAUGUGGUUCAACUGUUGUACAGGGCUAGUUGUUUUAAAGUAUCAAAACGGGAAGGUGACUCAUCUUUGAUGCAGUUGAAGGAAGAAUUCCGUACUUAUGAAGCGCUGAGACGGGAGCAUGAUGCACAAAUAGUACAAAUUGCAACCGAAGCAGGUCUCCGGAUAGCCCCGGAUCAGUGGUCCUCCUUGCUGUAUGGCGAUACGGCACACAAGUCACACAUGCAAAGCAUUAUAGAUAAACUGCAAACACCGCAAUCAUUUGUGCAAUCUGUACAGGAGUUGAUAAUCGCACUCCAGCGAACAGGUGACCCUGCGAAUCUGUCCGGAUUGCGGGUUCAUCUCAAGCAUCUAGCCAGCAUCGACUCAAAUGCCGAAAACCAUGUGCCAACGUGGCGCGAAUGUUCCACAGCGCUGGAAGCAGUUAAGCGGGUCGUUAUAGGCCUGGUCGACUUUGUACAGCAUCAUGGCAACCGAAAGUUGCAAGAGCCAGGACACUUAGCUCAUAAUAGUAAAUAUAAAAUUAGCCUGUGUCGCGACCUGAAUCUCCGAGGAACCUGUCCGCGCGGACCGAACUGUACUUUUGCGCAUUCGGAAGAAGAACUCGAGAAAUACCGUACAAAGCUUCGAAAGAGCAACAUUCGGACGCCGAAUGGAAAAGAUCAUGGGGAAUACAUAGGAGAUCUUGGAAUGCCAUCCACUUCGCAUGGGUACCAUUCGUCCGGGGAAGAAGCUUCCCCAAUGCGAUAUCCAAAGUCAACUCCACCAAUGAGAUAUCUUGAUAAAUCUCCAAUGAGUAGUCACAGCCACGCUAGCGGAAGUAGUAAUAGUAACAGUAGUCAUAAUAGUCAUUUAGCGCCAAUUCCACCCCACCAACAUCCUCCGUACUCGAACGUGCCGCCCCCGCCAACACCACUUCAACACGGUGCCAAUGGACGAAAUUUUAAUUUCAAUCCAAACUAUCCCAAUGGAGGUGCAGGGAACCUUUCAUACGGCACUCGGCCUCCUCCUCCACCGAUGCCACCUCCUCCAGUUCAUAAUUCUGGACCAAUACGAGGUAACUUUAUCCGGCCGCCGAAUGGGAACUUUAUUGGACACCCACCUCCACCUCCCCCUCCCAUGCAACACAAUCAAACGACUGGUGGACCUCCAAUGAAUAUGCUGCACGGUGGUAAUCAUCCUACAUAUCCCGCUAACCAACCGCCACCGAUAGAACAGAUUCAUCAACAGUUGAUGAAUGGGCCUCCUCCGCCUUCAUUUGUAGGUAAUCAAACGUAUACGGAAUAUCAAGACAAAAUGGAUCAACGACGACAGUUCAAUCCAUGGGAAAACCAACCACCUCCAACGCUUCCUAAUCCGAACAAUGCACAGUCUGGGGCACCAGGUCCACAACAUUCGGUAGUUCCUCCAGUUAACUUACUUGGGCAACAGCAUGCUCCCAAAUCAGGUAUUAAUCCGUCUUACCAAUCUGGAAUGAUGAACAAUAAAAGCCAUCUACCACCACCGCCUGCAAUAGCACCUCACUCGCAGCAUCCUGCUUUACCUCCAAUGGCUUCCCAGCAAAUUCAACAUCAGCAACAACAACAACAACAGCAACCCCAACAGCAGCAACAUCAUAAUGUUGCAGGAAACGCCAACAAAUUCUUUCAAGCUAACAAUGCAUUACAACAUAAACUUCGUGAUUACCGAGAUAAGCACCUCGUAAAUCCAAACAACAAUAGACUGCAUAUGCCUCCCGCACAUACGCAACAACCGCAUCCAGUUCCUUCGAUGCAACAGCAGCAACAGCAAUCACAGCCUCCGUCGUUCGGUAACGGCAACAGAAAUAACCUGCAUGCUCCUAUUUCUCAAGCCGCACAGAAUUUAGUAAGCAAUGGCAAUGUACCAUCAGCCGGGAAUAAUGGUGCAAUGAACAAUGGAUUUAACCCAAUGUCGCUUAGCCGUAGUGAAUUGCUGAAGAUGCUCAAUCUGAAUGCUAGCGUUGAUCUGGCAAACCAUCCGAGUGGGACAACGUCCAAGGACAUGUUUGUGCGGUCAGAUUCGUUGCUCAAUGACGACGACUUCCCCAUAUCUGAGAGUGACUUCUCAAAUGCUGUCAUCAACCAAUUCGGUCCAAUUUCGCGAACGAAUAAUCAGCUCGCGAAAUCAAGGGGCGAAUUUCCAUUUGCGAACAUUCUGCCCGAUAGCGACUGGCUUAUGAAUGUGCAACAGCAGCUAUAUAACGAUGCUGCCGGGCUUGGUGAUUUAUCGUCAUCAAAUUGUUCGUCAGCAUCGUCAUCUUUCUACCAGCAACCGCAGCAGCAUCCUGCCUCGUCGCAACAAUCGAGCAACAAAGCUGAGCAGAACAAUAACACGCUUGAGUUGGACCUUUUCCAGGUAGAUAGUAAAAUAGCGGACUACGCGAGUGCUCUUGGCAACGCCAACCAGUCGAGUAGUACAUCACAACUUUUGCAUCAUCAUCAAGUCGAGGCUCAGUUGCUUCAACAACAACAACAACAGCAGCAGCAGCAUCAUUUAUCGCACGUGGCAACGGUCUCUCAGCAUAUGGCUGCGGCAGCGCAACUUUCCGGAGCUCACCAUGGGGCGGGGUCGCUUCUUUCAUCACAUCACCAUCAGCAACAGCACACUCCCCAUUCCCAUCACUCUUCAAAUCAGGCACAUCACCAUCAUCAUCAGCAACAACAGCAGCAGCAGCAACAACAACAACACCAGCAGCACAUGUUUGUGCAGCAGCAACAGCAUGCCAUGCAUCAACAGCAUAAUAUGCAGUCGCACAAGCUGCCGCAACAUCUGGUCGAAGCCAUGCGUUUGAAUGAGUUGAUGGGGAACGGAGGAAGUGGCGAUUUGAAGAUUCCAAGCUUUAAGGAGCUAAAGGAUUUAAAGACCCAGCAAACGAUGAGUGGCUUGUCACCCGUGUCGGGCGUACUAACAGCAUCAACAUCAUCGUCUUCGUCGGUGGUGACUAUGCCGCCACUAUGGAACAACUUACUGGACUUAUCCGGGCUGAAACCGACCACCGAUGGUAACGAUCUGUCGGUCGGUGGAGUGCAUGGCAGCAACAGCACUGGUGGUAGUGCUGGUGGUGCCAACAGUAGCAUCAAUACCAUCCUGAGCAACAGCACAGCCAGUACUACUAGCAUUAGCAACCUUAAUAGCAACAAUAGUAACAAUAAUGAAGAUUCCUACGAGGCGGGAAUCGCAGACGAAAUGCGAGAGUUGGCACUCCGUCUUGAGUCCGAGCUAGAGUUGGACGCAACUGGAGUGUAGAUGUGUAACAAUAUUAAGACAAACACACAUACACGUUGACUGAUUGUGAUCAAUAUCUCCUAUAAAAAAACGCUAAAAUGUAAAUUAGAGCUGGUAUUGAAGCUAACAAGUCUCCAAGAUAGUAGACAAAUCAGAUUUAGAACCAGCGGGGGUAGUAACAUUUCAUUAAAUGAAAUAAAGAUCAAGAUUCAAAUUUUAAAAAUUAAUAACGAUCCAACAUUGUGGCGAGGAUUGAAAUAUGCUUCUCUUGUCUCGUUAUCGAUGCGAGAAUCGGAAGGGCACCCAAUGGCUUCACUGCUGGGUAAGCGCUAGAUGUGACAAAUAACAAACCGGAAGCAGUUGGAUGUAGAGCGCUUGAGUUAGGAAGCGUGAACAACACUAAGCUAAUAACUAUUCAAUGUUUGUUUUAGAAACUUUUCUUUUCUGUUUUGCAGAAAACGUGUGUUUUAGAGAUAUUUUUCGGAUCGAAACAAAAAUGCUCUAUUUAAAAUGGGCUGAACCAGAGGAGCUAAAAAUUACAUCAUGUGAAACAAUACAAGAUGACUAGCUAAUAUAUACAUACACAUAAAAUAUAUAUAUUUCACGAGAAGAAAAAAAAUCGUGCAGUGACAGUUAGAACCGUGGAAUAGAAAAAAGGGAGAAAUUGUGUACGCAACAUCUUUUGAGUAGUAGGGAAGAAAUCAAAUUCAAAAAAGGAGCCAAGCAACUGAUAGCGUGAUACAGACCAGGAAAAGGUGAUUCAUUAUUAUUAUUAUUGAUGAUUAUACUACAAAUUGAAUAUUAUAAUUAUUCUAUUUAUUAUACAUUUACAUGCUAUUAUUACCCCUAAAUCGCUAUUUGUUAUUUGUAACUAUUAUUAUUCUUAUUUACAAUAUAUGCGAAUAUUCUUUAUGGAAUUAACGGCUAGGAACUUCAAAAAUCAAAUUAAAAACUUAGCUUGAGAUGAAUUAUGUUUCAGCUUAUGUUCAGACAAAAAAAUUAGCUCAGUUCUCGUGUUAAUACACCGCCGAAAAAUAUAAUUAUGAAUUAUAUUUCGUUCGGUGGGAAAACAAAACAAUCAAAUCAUUAAACUGAUAGCAAAUUAUUAACCUACUUUAUUGUGAAACGUUCGUCGGUUUGAUAAAUUGAGAAGUAGUCUAGUUUCCGAUCUUUUAUACGACAUUUUAUGUGUAUAGGCUUUUAUUAUUAUAUUCAAUUUUUUACAUGACUUCCGAGUGGGUUGUGUAAAAGCAAGAGUAAAACUAUGUUUUUAUUUUUAAUCGUGUAACACGUAUAGUUUUAGCAGCAUAUAGUUUCAGCAACAAAAUUACUUACUGUAUAACCGUUUCCAUUCAGAGUUGUCGUUUUUGGAAAUGUUAAACUUUUCAACUAACAAUGUAGAUUAUGGUGCAUAAUUGCAUUGUAUGAAUUUUAAAUAUCUACAACGUCGAAGAAACAGGUGAUUUUUUCUUAAUUCAGAGACAUCAAGGACUCACUUUGAAUUUCGAAAAACAUUGGAUUUAUGGUGAUUUAUUUGUAAAAUUUCCUAAAUUACAAUAAGAAAGUCAUAUAUUUAUGAAUACAUGAAACGUCCAACCUCCGUACCUUUGUAAUAAACGACUUUAUUUGAGCAAUCGUCGUUGAUAUGACAACUAGCAGCAUGUUAAGACUAUGAAAAGCCUAUUUUCAUUAUAAACCUUCGACACAAACUUUUCAAAUCUAUUCAAUGUUGAAACCAGUCGGCAAAUUGUCACGAAUUUGGAUUAUCUAUUCAACAUGCCAUGUUGACUUGUUGAACAUGGAAAAAUCAUUCAUGACGGCAGAUUAUUCUUAGAUGUCUUUAACAACUGGUUUUUAUGUUUUCAGUGGAAAAAUGCAUUGCUUUUGCUUCUCUAAAAAACAAAACAACACUUGCUCUUUCUGAAAUAAAAAUUGUUUCGGUUUCAACCCAGUUCUUCAGUAUGAUGAUAGAUUAGGAGAUCUUCGGAGAUCCUCCGUAUACUUUUGCCUUUCUCGUACACCACGGCAAACCGAACCGAUUGUUAUACACACAAUUUAAUGUGAUGUCUGUCUGUGUGUUUGUAUGUACAUAUAUAUUUGCACAAACAUCCCACUCUUCCAUUAGGUACUUAUCGGGGAAUCCUGUCUUAUCUAUUCCUAUUUAAAAUGAGUCUGAUCAACGCGUUCAAAAGUUAUGUCCAAAAUAGUAGUUUGAAACAAGUAUAGAAACAAUCACUUUUUCGGAACCUUCCGUUUCCGAUAGUCAGUGCAUACAUAGGUACCACCGUUUCGAGCAACGUUCUGUUUCUUUGGUUCUCCUUUUGAUCCUCUAAGCGGUUCUCAACGUUUUUUUAUAGGUACCCCUUUAACUUUUAGAUUCAUUGACUUUCCAAGCCUUUUUAAAUAACACUUCCGAGCCUCUUAGAAGGAGGCUUCCAAGCCUUUUGAAAGAGGUUCUACGAGCCUCACGAAAGGAGGCUUCCGAGCCUCUUGGAAGGAGGGUUUAGAGCCUCUUGGAUGGAGGCUUCCGAGCAUCUUGAACGGAGACUUCCGAGCCUCUUGAACGGAGGCUUCCGAGCCUCUUGUAAGGAGGCUUCCGAGCCCUUUGUAAGGAGGCUUCCGAGCCUCUUGGAAGGAGACUUCCGAGCCUCUUGGAAGGAGACUUCAGAGCAUCUUGGAAGGAGACUUCCGAGCCUCUUAGAUGGAGGCUUUCGAGCCUCUUGAAAGGAGGGUUCCGAGCCUCUCGGAAGGAGACUUAAGAGCCUCUUGGAUGGAGGCUUCCGAACCUCUUGGAAGGAGGCUUCCGAGCCUCUUGAAAGAAGGAUUCCGAGCCUCUGGGAAGGGGGGUUCCUGGCCUUUGGAAAGGAGGCUUCGGAGACUUCUGAAAGGAUACUUGAAAGGAAGCUUCUGAGCCUCUUGUAAGGAGGCUUCCGAGCCCUUUGUAAGGAGGCUUCCGAGCCUCUUGGAAGGAGACUUCCGAGCCUCUUAGAUGGAGGCUUUCGAGCCUCUUAGAUGGAGGCUUUCGAGCCUCUUGAAAGGAGGCUUCCGAGCCUCUCGGAAGGAGACUUAAGAGCCUCUUGGACGGAGGCUUCCGAGCCUCUUGGAAAAGUCUUCCGAGCCUCUUGGAGAAAGACUCCCGAGCCUAUUGGAAGGAGGCUUCCGAACCUCUUGGAAGGAGGCUUCCGAGCCUCUUGAAAGAAGGAUUCCGAGCCUCUGGGAAGGGGGCUUCCUGGCCUUUGGAAAGGAGGCUUCGGAGACUUCUGAAAGGAGGCUUCCGAACCUCUAGGAAAAAAGAUUCCGAAUCUGUUAAAGGAGCCUUCUGAGCCUCUUGAAAAAAGGAUUCCAAACCUCUUGAAAGGAGGCUUCCGACCCUAUUGAAAGGAGGCUUCCAAGCCUCUUGAAAGAAGUCGAUCGAGUCUCUUUAAAGGAAAGAAGUCGAUCGAGCCUCUUUAAAGGAGAGGAGGCUUAAAAGCCACUUGAAAAAACACUUCUGAGCCUGUUGAAGGAGGCUUCGGAGCCUCGAAAGAAAGAUUACGAGCUGCUUGGAAGGAGGCUUCCGAAGUGGCUUUCAAGCCUCUGGCAACGAGGCUACUGAGCUUUUUCGUAAAAAGCCUUUAUGUCUCUAAUAUGAAGGCUUCCGAAACUAUAGAUUCUAGACUUUAGUCGCCCGUCGCGACAUUUUGUCCUUUUGAUCUUUUGUUCCACAGACCUUCAUACACUGUGCUGGUUGUGGUAGGUAAAUACACAAUUAUCAAAAGUCAAUCAAUAAGUUUUUAUUUCCAUUGUGAUUUGUAAUACAUCCGCUAUUACGCAUUUUUGUGUGAGGAACUCAUUGGCGCUAGCAAAGGUGGGGGUACACGAACGCCAGGUUGAGAACCGCUGCUUUAAGCUGCUUGCCGUCCUAUUGUAUGUGGCCAUAUUGCUUGUAAAAGUUGCACACAAUAGGUUUUCUACCAGCGACUUUCAGUGCUGAUCCCCGAUUUGAAUUUCGAUUUUGUUUGCUCAGUCCGUCCAACAGCUUCUCUCGAAUUAGGUUUAACGUGAGGUUGCCCAACUUGGUAGAACACUAAAGUCUACUACUAUGUAUGUUUGCGCAUACCUUGCAUCUUUUAUGAGCUCUACAAAAGAAAGAAAGGAAUAAAGCAAGCGAAAACAUGUUCGACGUAGAUAGUGUUUGGCUAAAAUAACCUUACUCUUGACAAUUGUUGUUGAAGUGCUUCUUUUAAAGAAGGAAUCAGAGCCGCCUCCGCCUUAAACCGACACUGACCAGAUGGAUAUUUGUAAAGAAUAAAAAAUAUUCUCCCUCAAGCAGAUGUUUAUGCCUUUAUGCCUUAUGAUAUGAUACGCAUUUUAUUACAUGUGUAUAAGACUGUCUGCCUUUUAUGAUUCUGAAUCCACAGACAAACAGACAUAACACUCGUCAAAUUUCCAUCGUUCACUGAUUGGUCAAUUCAAAUAAUCAUUAGUUGGCCAAUCGGACACUAGUGGCGCGCGCAUCGGAUUUGCUCGAGUUUGACAUUUGCUCACUACCGCCAUCUGGUUCGUAAUUUGCCCAACUAACUGAAAUCAACAGAUGUCGUUAGUGUUUAAAUUACGAUGAAUUUGAUGAGUGAAUGUUCAAUGAGUUAUGUCUGUUUGUCUGUGCUGAAUCAUUUACCUACGUGCAUCUGGGGCCUCAUUGUGCAUCACCUUUCGGCAGCUCUUUCGUAUGACAGCUUGCAUGGUUUGCUCGUUUCGAGUCGAGAUGCUCAUUGCUCACCCUGAUUUGUUCGCCCUAAGUUGCGUUCGACGAGGGUUCUUGGAAUGAGUUGUACGCACGUUCACGAAUGUGUAUUAUAUGACCUAUCCACCUUUCAGUGCUAUUUAUUUUUUUCCAAUAACUUUUUUGACGGACGAGAGGGCCAUAAAAAUGAGAUUUUUCUUCUCUUCAUUUUCUCUCCUGCAUAUGAAUAUCGGUGAAAAAUCUUUUUGUUAACUGAACCACCCUUCGAAAGACGAUUUCAAACCAUUCUAGUGUUAAAGUUUAGUACGGGAUAGAGAAGUUUUUUCGUAUUCCAAAAGCGCAUAUGCUUCCCAUUUGAAGAAAGUUAGAAAUAUAUUCACAAAUCAGGGUUUGGGAAAUUCAAAGUGAGUCUCCGGUGUUUAUGACUUAACCUAGUAAUUAUCUCGUUCUAGUUCAUUUGCUUUAAUGUUUUGUUCAUCAGCAGCGGGUUAGUGGAAUACUUCGCGUAAUUUCUAACGUCCAGACAAAAGAAUCAAAAAAAGGCAAAAUAACUAUGAAAAAUGCAAGCGGUAGAUGGCUUUACUGCUAGUGUUAGCUACGAGUUAUGUUUAUUUGUUCUAGUGUAUUUAGGUAAUUGUAUUAUAACACAAAAUUCUGUUUCGCAUAGUUCCUGGAAAUCGGGAAUCAAAACCAGACCAGCAAUCUGAAAAGGUUAACAUAAAAUCGUUGAGAUCAUUGAGCACAGACAACAAUAUAUUAAUUUCGGAAUGAGAUUGAGACGGAAUGUUUCUUGUUUUAAAAGAGAUUGCUUUUUAACGACGCUAGCGUAACGAUUUGUGUUUGAUCUAGUGGUUCCGUAUUCGGAGAGAACUGUAAACAUUAACGCAUGCCAGAAGAUUAUUUUAAUUGCUAGACGAAAAAAAUGCGAAAUGUCAUUGUUAUAUUAUAUCGAGCGUAAAGAAACGUACUAUUGUAGCUUUGUUCUCUGGGUUGAUACUGUUAGUAAAUGGCAUUCAUCAGUUGAAUGUGUUUUUGAAUAAUUAGCACGAAAAGGGCGUUCAAGCAGGUAUCAAUUUGAACGUAUCCAGAUUUAGAAUCCGAUACUAUUAAUGCGACGGAACAGAAACGAUGCACUGAACAUCAACUGAUUUGCAAAGUAGAAUGUAACUUCACUGCAAAAUAUAUCACAGAUUUAAAGAAAACUGAGGUGAAACACACUGUGCAAAUGACAUACUAUUCGGGCUGUUCAAUCACUAGGUUGUUCUCCGGUGUCCAUCUGCGGUGGAUUUGGGUGGUGACGUAUGGGGCAACUGUUGGUGUGAUGAAUUGCAUAUGAUCUGUGAGGAACUAACAGGUGUUUAAGAGUUUCAUCAAAUUAUUUGUAUUUUGUCAUUGAAAUUUUGCACAAUUUGGUUUGAACUUUAUAAAAAAAAUGGCAUUUUUAUUGUGCACGCGAAUAAACAUGUUCUACUCGAAACAUCGUUAAAUUAUACAGACUCUGUCUUCGACAGGAAUCUAGGUUCAUGUAUUUUAUUUGAGACCUAUGCUGAAAUAGUGAAAUCAAGAUUUUUU